CCCACCCUCGAAAUGGCCAAGGCUUUAUAAUCGGGUAUAACUCGGAAGCCGGCUUGUGCUGGAUUCCUGCAUACCUCUGGCAGGCAUCGCAGCUCUUAGCAUGUGCUACGUAAUCUGCAAGGACCGUAGGCCAGUAGUGGCCAUGUCUCCGGAUCUCUCGAAUUUCCCUCAGCGCGCUCGAUCUACCUAUCUUUCUGAGUUUGAUUGGUUUUCGCUCCAGCUGACCUUUCCAUUUAAUCACUGACAAAACCUACCUUUCAAUUCUUCUUACCCUAUGAGCUUUCAGCAAAGGACAGAUUUCUUGGUCCAUUGACAUCGAUCAACGAAAUAGACCUCCUUCUUUCACUUUUGUCGUUGUCUUCCAAUUCAAAGAGCCCCAUUAAGUAAGUGUUCCGCGAGAAAAGAGAGGCUGACAUCUUUUCUUAUCUAUCUAUUUUCGUAAAUGAAGAAGAUAAGUGAGAGCUUACUGACUGCAUCUUCUAAGAAGGGCUUGGAAGAAGAAAUAGAAUCUCCUUUCUUUUUCGAGAAAAGGUCCCAUCCUUCAAUAUCAUGAUUGGGUCGACCAGGCCAGAUCAUGAGUGAAAUAUCAUGAUCGGGUCGACUAGGCCAGAUCAUGAGUGAAUAGAAAAUCGAAAAUGUACAUAGCAGUUCCAGCUGAAAUACUUGGAAUAAUUCUACCACUUCUACUAGGAGUAGCCUUUUUAGUGCUAGCUGAACGUAAAGUAAUGGCUUUUGUGCAACGUCGAAAGGGUCCUGAUGUAGUGGGAUCGUUUGGAUUGUUACAACCUCUAGCAGAUGGUUUUAAAUUGAUUAUAAAAGAACCUAUUUCACCAAGUAGUGCAAAUUUCUCCCUUUUUAGAAUGGCUCCAGUGGCUACAUUUAUGUUAAGUCUGGUCGCUCGGGCCGUUGUACCUUUUGAUUAUGGUAUGGUAUUGUCAGAUCCGAACAUAGGGCUACUUUAUUUGUUUGCCAUAUCUUCGCUAGGUGUUUAUGGAAUUAUUAUAGCAGGUCGGUCUAGUAAUUAGGGGGCGGCCGUUCGGUCGCCUAUGAUACUAGGAUCAAUAGGUCAAAAAUGGGUUUGUGCCGCAGGUGUUGAACGAUCCACUCUACACAGGUGUGGGCUUACAGGGCUCAUAAAGCCUUUCUUUCAUUCAUCAAUA